CUAAUGGGUGACGUCAACCCACUUUCAUGUCAACAUGCCAAGGAAGACGAUUACAGGGCCACGACGAAGUCUGGGCAUCAAAAGCGCGCACCUGUCGUCCACCCUUUGCAGAUAUUGGGCUCUUACUUUGGGUGUUUGCAAGCUCCCCCUGAUAGACCCACGUCUGCAGCAAACCGGCCCACUAUUGUUGCACCUCGACUGAUAUAUCAACAUCGUUUCUUGAAGCUUCGUGUCGAGUCUUCGCUUCACCUUGCUUCAUUCUCUUCGUGGACGACCAAGCUGAAACUUCGAUCAUCAUGGCAGGACUCGUCGACAAACUGACUGCUUCCGGCGGCAGCGAAUCCGCAGGGUUCCUUAACGAUAUCAUCGAGCAGCUAUGGCCCAACAUCAACGUCGCCGGGUGCAAGAUGGUGAAGGACAUUGUUGAACCCAUGUUCGCCACCAUGCUCCCAGGCCCUCUGGCUUCCCUCAAGUUUGUGAAGCUCGAUCUUGGCCCUGUUCCCAUGCGCGUAUCCGAGGUAGAUGUCCACAAGGUCGACAACGGUGGCAUCAAGCUCGACAUGGAUGUGAAUUGGGAGGGAAAGAGCGACAUUGAGCUCGAUGGAAAUAUGGUUCCGAAACUUGGUAUUGGACAUGUUAGUCUGAAGGGCAGACUCUCAAUCUUGCUAGCUCCCUUGACCAACGUCAUUCCUCUGAUCGGUGCUGCACAAGUCGCCUUUAUCAACCCCCCUGAGCUGAAGCUCGACUUCACCGACGCGGCCAACAUCGCCGACUGGGUCCUGGUUGACAAGGCCGUCCGCAAGGUCAUCAUAAGCAUCGUCUCUUCCAUGGCGGUCUUGCCCAACCGCUACCUCGUCAAGCUCGACAACAACAACGACUACUUCAGGACCUACCUCCCCCAGCUGGGUGCUCUGCGACUGACCAUCGAGAGAGCGGUAGGCAUCAGUGGGCCCAAGAAGAGCGGCGCCAAGAGGCUUCUGGCCAAGAUUGUGAAGGACAUACCCGAUUGCUACUGCAAGGUCAAUGUCGGCGCGGAGGAGGAAUGGCGUACGACGAUCAAGAAGAACGACCACGACCCGGAGUGGAACGAGACGCACGACUUCCUCGUCGCGGACUACGACCAGAAGAUCUUCAUCGACGUCCAGGACGACGAUCUCGGCGGGGAUGACGACAUUGGCGUCGCCACCACCACCGUCAAGGACAUUCUGCUCAACGGCGGUUCUCAGGAGUUGGCCCUCACUCAUGAGGGACAGCCCACCGACGCCAAGGUCGUCGUGCACGCCAAGUUCUUCGACUUUGUCGAUGAUGCCGGCGCCAUCACCUCCACGCAGAGCCAGAACGAGGGGCAGAUCGUCGGUAUCGCCACGGUUCUUAUCGCCAGCGCUCUCGGGCUCCAGGGCCAGCGCGACGAGCUUAACCCCAGCAUCAAGGUGACUUGGGGCGCCAAGGAGUUCCGCACCGCGGCCAAGUCCUACAGUCCCGGGACCGACAUCUUCAACCCGUCUUUCGACCAGGCGUUCCGAAUCCCCGUGACGGCAGAUCUGAUCGCCAACCCGGCAAACUUCAAGAUCUCCCUUAUGAACAAGACCAGCGAAACCGGAUCUGUUGAGAUCCCCUUCCAAGACGUGCUGCAGGCCCCCGGCCUGGUCAGAGAGGAUAGUUUCGACGUUGGCUCCGGCGCUACAGUCAGAGCCAGCAUCUCUCUCCGCGGGUUGCAGUCGGCUCACUGAACAAGCUGGUAGUGCCGACCGUCGUUAGGUUCUGGUCUUCAUGUAACAUUAUACGAUUAUAUCUGAUUGAAUGAGAUUUGUCAGCUACUCGAGUAAAUGUGUGUUUAUCGUGUCCCAAACAGCUCAGACAAUGUUGGUUUUCAAGAAUGAAGUCAAUACUAU